CCUUUCGCUUGCUACGUCGCGUCUCCCGCACCCACAACAAGAGUACACCUUGAUCGCGACCACCUCGACACCUCAACCACACACACCAACCUGUCAAAUUCCUAGGAACUAAUUCGCGUAUUGAUCCUCAACUUAGUACUGCACUUACACACAAUGGCGGACCCACAGCAACCCUCGCCGACCAAGAAGAAGAAGCUCCCCUUCAAGCGCACCGCCCGGCACAAGUCCAGCGAGGCAGCAGAGGAGGACAGCCUCUCCCUCUUCAGCCGCUCCAGCGAAUUCUUCCCCAGCAUCAUCGAAGACCGGGAAAGGCAGGCCAGGGAGAGGGCCGAAAAGGAGAAGGCCGAGAGAGAAGAGGCCGCGAAGGCGGCCGAAGCCGCCAGAGCAGAACGAGAACGCAGAGAGCGCUUGGCCCAGGAGCAGAGGGCCAAGGAGGACGGAUCGGACGACGAGCUCUCGCACAACUCCGGGUCCGCCAAGAAACGCCGUCGCGUCUCGCUCUCCGACCACGAGGAUGGGUUCGACGAUGCUAACAAGGGGGCUGGCAGCGGCAGCAGCGGAGACGACAGCACCAGUCCCCGGCCCCGGAAAUCGCGGACAUCGGCCUCGACGCCCCGCACGCCCAGCUCCAAGCCCGCGAGCUCCUUUGCCGUGAGCAUCGCGGGGUCCGAGAGCCGAGGCCCGACGCGCUCUCGCUCGCGCAAGACCGAAACGCCGGUCGUGGUCCUCGACGACGACGACGACGACGACGGUGACAAGAGCUCGGACGGGUUCGGAUCUCCCUCGCGGCCGCCGCGGGCAACGCGCUCGACCUCGAGGAGACCCGCGACACCCUCCUCCUCCGCCCCCGCCCCCUCCAAGUCGAAGCGUCCCGACCGGAGACCUUCGCGGGGCGACGUAGUCGUACUCGACGACGACAGCGACGACGACAAAAACGAUCAGAAGUCCGAUUCGGGCGAGCCCGGGACGGAAAACGGCGGCGAGGACGACCCGUCCGAGUUCUACAUCCGCGCGGCGAUGGAGCGGAUGCGGCAGGAGAAGGCGAAGAAGAAGGCCGGGGGCGACGCGGACGCGGGGGGCGGCGGCGGCGGGGCGGCGCAGGACGACGACGACGACGACCCGAUCGUGGAGAUACUGGUGACGUCGCAGGUGGCGGGGAUCGAGCCGCUGCUGUUCCGGCGGCGGGUGUCGCAGCCGCUGACGAUCGUGUACCAGACGUGGGUGGAGCAGCAGGUGGUGAAGCGCAGCCCGCUCGGGCGGGCCGCGCUCGAGGCCAUGUUCUUCGCCUGGAAGGGCGACAAGGUGUACGCGCACGCGACGCUGCGCACGCUCGGCAUCCGCCCCGACCGCGACGGCAAGCUCUACCCCAGCUGGGAGGGCACCCGCGACGGCUACCGCGGCCGCGACAAGGUCCACUUCGAGGCCUGGACCGACGAGCUCUACGCCGAGGACCAGCGUCGCCGCGAGCGCCAGCAGCGCCGCGCCCUCGGCGGCCUUCCCGACGACGACGAUGACGACGGCGGCGACGACGAUAACGGCCGCGCGUCCGCCGAGCCCGACCAGAAGAAGAAGCAGCAGCAGCACCAUGACGCCGACCCUGACCCCGACACCAAGGUGCGCGUGCUGUUCAAGACGCGCGACCACCCGCCGGUCAACGCGACGGCGCGCCUGCGCACGACGGGCGCCCAGCUCGUCCGCGUCUACCGCGUGCUGGCCCGGGUGCCGGAGGACAAGACGGUCGAGAUGUGGUGGGACGGCGAGGUGCUCGGCGCCGAGACGACGAUCGCCGAGGCCGAGAUCGGCGACCUGGACUCGCUCGAGGUGCACAUCCGGUGAGCCUUGCCCUCUCGCGCGCGGUACGGGGGCUGGCUGCAGCGGAACGAGCGGGAAAGGGGGUAACUAACUAACUAUACCCUGCGCCGAGGCAAGGAGCAGGGACUCUGAGACGGGAAUAGAGGCGGAAUGCCCGCCUGCGCGCUCCUCCUUGCUUGUAAUGACAAUGCGGCCCUCACCGUCUGCACUGGCAUGUAUGUUUAUUAAGUGGAGGCUCUAUAUAUAUCUAUAUUAUGAUACCCGUCGCUGAGGGAGCUAUGAAAACGUAUAAUCAAUUCCUAAGGCACGCUGAGCCCCCCUCAGCAGGGCAAGCGA